CACAUACUCACACAACUAAUCUACUUCUUCAAUACCCCCAUCUCAUCACUUACAUCCCCUCCCUCUCAACCAACACACCACCACCACCACCACCAUGCCCCUCCCCAACAACCGCGCCCUCCCCAUCCUCGACCACGCCUAUCAGCACCACUACGGCGUCCCCGCCAUGUGCUGCUACAACCUAGAAGGCAUCCUCGCAACAGUCCGCGCCGCCGAAAAGCACCGCUCCCCAGCCAUGAUCCUCCUCUUCCCCUGGGCGCUGCAAUACGCCGGGUCCAUCCUCGUGCACGCCGCCGCCGAAGCGGCCCGCAACGCCAGCGUCCCCAUAACAGUGCACCUCGACCACGCACAAACACCGGAAAUAGUCCGCCAAGCAGCAGACAUCACCCCGGGGUUCGACAGCAUCAUGAUCGACAUGUCACACUACGAGAAAGCAGAGAACCUCUCGUUAACGCGCGAACUCGUGGCCUACUGCCACGAGCGGGGCAUCGCAACAGAAGCCGAACCCGGGCGGAUUGAGGGCGGGGAAGACGGCGUCUCGGACACUGCGGACCUGGAGGGGGUGUUGACGACCCCCGAGGAGGCGGAGGAGUUCGUCAACACGGGGAUUGAUUGGCUAGCUCCGGCUUUUGGGAAUGUGCAUGGGAGUUAUGGACCCCGUGGGAUAAGGUUGGAGUAUGAUCGGUUGGAGAGGAUUAGGGAGAGGGUCGGGGAGAGGGUGAGGUUGGUGUUGCAUGGGGCGGAUCCGUUUGAUAAGGGGAUUUUUGAUCGCUGUGUUGGGGCGGGCGUUAGUAAGGUGAAUAUUAAUAAGGUGUUGAAUGGGGAGUGGGUGGGUGUUAUGGAGAGGAGGGCUGGGGAGAAGGGGGUGGGCGUGACGGGGUUGGUGGAGGAGGCUACGGCUAGGAUGGAGGAGGCGGUUGGGAGGUGUAUUGAGGUUUUGGGGUCGGGGGGAAGGUAUUAA